GUGAACUCAUUGACCCAUUUUCUAACCCACCAAACCAAUUCUAUUUAAUAAUUGAUAAUCACACUUUUCACCCUCCACAUUCAAAAGCAUCAUCAUUUUUUCUCUUCAUUCUCCACACCACAAUUUCCACCUUCAAAAGCAUCACUUUCCAUUGCAAUAAUUCACAAACUUUGUUGUUAUGGCAAAACAUGAAAAACCACAACCUGGGUGUUUCUCUGGAUUCUUGCGUGUGAUCCUAUGUGCUGGAACUGGAACUAGUCCUCCAGUUCAUCCAUCUCAAGAUGAAUCAGAAAAUGUGGAUUCAAUUUCAAACAAAAGAGAUGCAUUGAUCCAUGAAGAUUUUGCUGCUACCCCCGGAUUGGUGGCAAGACUAAUGGGGUUGGAUUCUGUUCCCAACACCAACUGUUUGAUGAAAGGACACUCCCCAGAUUCAGUUCCAAGGAGUAGGUCAGUGAAUUUUGUGGACUACUUGCUAAAUUUCGAAGUAGGCCAAGAAAAUUUCCAUCGCCGGGCGAAGACUUCAGCCUCGUUUCGUGAGGUUCCGGCAUCUGCAUUGGCUUAUAGUCAGCAAAAACAAGAUCAUGAUCUUGUUGUGUUUCAUAAUUGGGAUUACAAUGUGGUUAAGGAUCAUGAAGCUCGACGCGAGUCGAGGAAAUUUGAAGUAGGGUUGAUGAAAGAAUCAAAGCAGGGGAAGAAACAGAGCAAAGAAACAGGGGAAAGGAAUCAAAGGAAGAACAAGAAGAUUUCAAAGUUGAAGAAUGAACCUAGAAGGGUUCCUUCUAACUCUAAUAUGAAUGGUAGAAAGGUUAGAAAGCAAAGUGAAGAUAAAGAUUGUUCUAGUGUCUCUUCAUGUUCUUCAAAGAGUUAUGGUUAUAGAUAUAGUAGUAGUGGUGGUAAUGGUGAUUGUGAUUCAAGCACAGGUUCUUGUUCUCCAUUAUUGCAAAGCAAGUAUAAGAAAGAGUUUGUUGAAUCAAAUCUCAAAAACAAGAUGAGAAAGAAGAAAUCACCAAAGAAGAUAGAGAGUGAUUGUGUCUCAGAAAAUCUCAGUCCAAUUUCAGUUCUUGAUGUCAAUGAUUCUCCUUCCCUCUAUGGAACAACUUCUCUAGAUGCUACACAACCCUUGCCUUCAAACUCAAAGUGGAAAUCUUCACCACUGAGAUCAUCAAGCGAUGGAAUUGAAGCCACAAGAAGCAAUGAGAAAGAUGGUGCUUAUGCCAACAUUGACAUCAACGGAGAAGUAGAAUAUUACUCAGAAUUAUUUUUAAAACUUUGCACAAUGAUAGAAAAGGAUAUAAGAGAGUUAGAUUGCACAACGAAGCAUGUGCACGAGGAUUUUGAGCAAAUUUGUUUGGUGUUUGAACACAAAAUUUUGGAUCUUUUAUUACACGAACUUGUCAAUGAUAUUGUGGAACUUUCAUGUUGAAUUUUUUUUUUUUUUUUGUGCGUGUGUGUA